CUUAUUUAUUUGCUCUUCCGCUUUCUCGUCUUGUGCUCGUCGAGCUCUAAGAUAAGAUUCAUGUAUCUGGCGACAGCUUCAAGUGGUAGUCAUUCCUCUUCGCUAGAUCCUAAGAUAGUAUCCUUUUAAUCCGUUAAUACUACCGCCCGUGAUCAUUACCUCCCUACCCUCGUAUUGCUAUUAGCUACUCUUACUGUCACUGUUUCGAUCUUUGUUACUAUAGAGAAUGUUUUGGCGCAAGGAGAAAGAAGAGGAACAAGCAACAUCCUCGGAGGUUCCCACCGAUGCAACACCUCCUAUUGACCAAAAACCCUUCUGGCAAGUCAUCUGGCCAGUCCUCGCUUGCGGCGCUGGUCUCUUUUCCGACGGCUACGUCAAUAAUGUCAUCGGCUCCGUAAACACGGUGCUAGGAUAUGAAUAUGGAGACGUCUACAGUAGCUCUAAUGCUGCUAGCGUCGUACCGGCUAUCGCGUUCGCGGGAACGGUGGUCGGUCAACUUUUCUUCGGGUACCUGUCCGACAAGUGGUCGCGCAAAGACUCUCUCCUUAUAUCGACCAUCAUCCUGAUUAUAUUUACGGCUCUCGCUGCUGGUUCUUACUACCGUGGCGAUGCCGUAGGUAUGUUCAAUAUUUUGACGGCAUGGCGGUUCUUUGUUGGUAUUGGUAUUGGAGGCGAGUAUCCAGCCGGUAGCGUAAGUUGCGCCGAAUCCAGCGGCGAGCUGAAGGGCGGCACUCGGAAUACCUGGUUUAUCUUAUUCACAAACUCGAUGAUAGACUGGGGCUUCGUCUUCGGAGCAUUUGUGCCAUACGUCGUUGCCGCUGCAGCCCAUAACAUUUACUACAGCACAAUAUGGCGAACGAGCUUGGGAAUCGGCGUAGCUUUCCCAAUGGUUCUCUUCGUCUUACGUCUUAGGCUUAAGGAACCCGAAGAAUUCUCAAGGAAUUCAAUGAAACAUGUCAAAACUCCGUACCUUCUAGUAAUUAGAUAUUACGGGUUUCGGUUGCUCAUCGUCAGUUUAAUCUGGUUCAUAUACGAUUUCUCUGCCUACUCGUUCUCAAUUUAUUCGAGCGCUAUUCUCUCCAAUAUCUAUGGAGAUACUGGUGUCCUAACUACCAUUUUCGGAUGGAACACGGUUAUUAAUUUGUUCUACAUUCCGGGAACUAUGCUCGGAGCCCCAAUUAGUGACCGUCUAGGCCCUCGCUAUACCCUUAUUUUGGGUCAGGUCCUACAGGCGGUUGUGGGUUUUAUCAUGGCUGGUUGCUACAGCAGGCUAUCCCACCCUUCUGUAGUUGGCGCCUUUGCAGUAGUAUACGGCAUCUUCCUGUCUCUUGGAGAGCUAGGGCCAGGAAAUAAUAUCGGUCUACUAGCUGCCAAAACCUGCGCCACAGGUGUAAGAGGGCAAUACUACGGCAUCGCUGCUGCUCUCGGAAAGAUCGGGGCUUUCGUAGGUACAUAUGUGUUUAAGUAUAUAAAUUCUCCAGACGGCGACGCGACCAAAUCGGCACAGUAUAAGUUCUACGUCAGCUCUAGCUUGUGCAUCUUUGCAGCUGCGCUUGCACUCCUACUCCCUAACAUUGACCAGGAUACCAUUACCAAAGAGGACGUGAAGUUUAGGGAGUACCUCGAGAGCAAGGGCUGGGAUACGAGACAACUUGGCUUGAAGAAAGGGGAGAGCCUCGAAUCACUGCCGGUGGAAGCUGAGAAUAAUACUGUCAACGUGGCUAAGGCUGGGUGAUCAAGACAGGUAGCUAGCUGAGCGAUAUGUUGGAUACCCCCUUUUCUAGACUGAAAGCUAGACUGUUGUUUUGUCUUGAAUAACGAGUAGCGGACAAUAGAAUAGCUUAUUCUCGCCUUUGAUUAUUUAACUGCAUUGCCACUAGUUAGUAAAUAUAUCUUCAAAAGGUAAGGACACCC